AAAAAAAAAAAAAAAAAAAAAGAAAGAAAGAUAUCUUAAUUACUAAAAUAAAAUAAAAGAGUGGGCUUUCUUUCUUUUUCCUUUUUCUUGUUGAAGAAGGGCACAUGGGCGGCACAACCAGUGCCGUCUGGUGUAGUCUGUAGAACUGUAUAUAUAUAUAUGAGACAUAAUUGAUGAUUUCACAAGGCAGUUUAGAUUUCUUCCUUCUUCUGUUUUAAUAAACUUGUAGUGUUUCUUGGAGACUGGUUGUUAGUGUAGUUGGUUAGUUAGUCAAGGUACAGAAAAGGCAACAAUGGACUCUAAGAAGGAAAAACAUUCUUCUUCUUCUUCUUCUUCUUCAUUCACAGCUGAUCUUUUUGGCACAAAAGAGCCCCCACCAACUUCAACUGGAAUCUUUGCUUCUAUCUUUCCACCUCCGUCUAAGGUUUUAGGAAAGAAACCUUCUGGCACUGAGAUGAUAGGAACCUGGCAAAAGCAGUCUUCCGGAAAUCAUGGUUGGAACACAAAACAAGGAGCUCCAGCUAUGACUAGCGAAGCUGCAAAACAUAACAUGCACAACAAGGACAGAAACUCAAUUUUUAUGGAAGAAAGAGCAGAACCAUGUCAUCUAAGUUCAUCACUUUACUACGGUGGGCAAGAUAAUUAUUCUCAGCAUCCAAAUAGUCAUAAUAUUUCUGGAUCAUAUCCCCUAUUCAAUAAAGAUGGGGAAGAAGAUGAUCCUAAUGGAAACAAUUCAAAUGGUGCUUCUAGAGGAAAUUGGUGGCAAGGUUCGCUUUAUUAUUAGGACCUCGCUUCCCUUGGCAUAUGAAUUCUCCAUCUAUUUUUCAAGGAAUUCAUAAAGCCUAGAUGAUAAUGAUAGAAGAGAUGCAAAAUAAAUAAGCAGCUGAUGUGGAUAGAUCUUGUCAGCAAUUUGUAUUAUUUUUCUGCCUGUGAAGACAUGAUUUUGAUAUGAGUGUAGCCUCAAUGCAAGAGAUUUUUAAGAAAUACUGUAACACUAGUUAAAUCUUUCUGCUUUUUUACCUAGACCACCAAUGAAUGUUGUCCCAAUGCUCUUCAUGUUGUAUAUGCAGCAUAUAUACUUGAAGGUUCAAUUCCUAAAGUUUAUGUAUCUUUCCUAUUGUUUGUAGACAUUUAUGAAACUCGAACAAAAUAAAUAAGCUUGUGCUUUUGUUCUGAGA